AUGCGAGUUUUUCUGUGUGUGCUGUAUCUCGUCCAGUGCCACCAGGCAUUUGGGAUGGACGUUCAGCGCUGUCACGGCGCGACCACAACAGCUUGGAGUUGUGUAGUUUGGCACGGUCUCUCUGCUGCACUAAUAGUACAUCCACACAAUCAAAAUAUUGGUCAUAAGUCUGUUCAAGCAUGGAAACUAUAUGUCAGCAGCCUUUGCAAGCCACGUGAAAGGUUAGUUCAAGUUGAGCAUGAAUUCCCUGAGGUGAUUCACAGAGGUGUUUUCCCCUCAUGUGUGCUUCUGCAGCGCUGUGGAGGCUGCUGCUCUGAUGAGGCUAUGCUGUGUGUGAAUGUGAGCACACACACCACUGUGAUGCAGUUUAAGCAGCUUAAGAAUGUGCGUGGGCAGAAUGUUGAAGAGAUUAUUGAGCUGCCGUUUGUUGAACACAGCCAGUGUCAAUGCAGGUUCAGAGACCAACUAUGAUGCUUAUUGGAGACUCAUCCAUGCCACAGAAAUUGUAAUCGGC